CGAAUUAAUUCAUCGAUUGUUCCACUCUCCGAUCGAUUAUCUAUUUCAAGAACCAGAUCGGAAGAGGCCGGUAACCUCUCGACCGUUCGACCAUAUCCGCCCGUCUCGGCCGACACUAGACGAUCUUCUCGUAUCGUGAAAGAAGCCCCAUUGUUACAAUCGCCUAUUAUUUCUAUUGCUUAGUCUUGUUGUCGCUCAUCACUUGACUAUCACCUUUGAACCUUCAUUGUCUAAACGAUCUACCGAAUCCUCGAUCAUAACCACACUUGGCGAUCCCGAUACGUACUUGGCUGUUUAUUCGCAGCCGUACGCUCAGUUGAAGCGAUCCAUGCCGUGCUAUUCUGUAUCCUCUAUCCGACAUGUAUUCCAAUACCCAACAGAAUCAGGCGCGGCCGUUUCAGGUGCCACCGCCUCCGCCGAUGUCGCCACCCGUCGCUGGUCAACCCGGGCAACUCAAUACUAUGUUAAAUAUACCACCUCCGCCACCUAGAUACCCGGGUGCCCCUUCAGCAACCGGCGGCGUCGUGCUGCCUCCACCACCGGGUCCUCCGCCAAACAGCGCUUUAGGUCCACAGCCUCCAUGGCAAAACAACUGGGGCCGUACUUACAAUGGGCAACCUAGCUUUGCGAUCCCACCUCCGCCUGCGGGCGGUCCUGUUCCAACGUAUAAUCCGAAACUCCAUUCUCAGGCUUCGAACGGAACUCUCUCCAUUCCUCCACCCCCUCCACCGGCCGAGCUCAUGUCGGGCACGUAUAGAUCUGGGAAUGAUGCGAAUGAAGCGAUGGUAUCCGCGACGUACAUACCAGGAGGUGAUACCUACGGAGAAGGUGUCGGUAUACCUGGUUUCUUCCCGGAUGAUUCGGCAACGCAGUCGACAGGCACAAACCAAAGUUCGUGGCCCUCUAGCCAGACUAGUAGCGUAAAUACCAUGAGCACCAUGAAUAGUAUGACGAUAGACGAUCCCAAUCGUGGGCUACUAUACGCCAAUGCGUUCAACAACCGAAUGUUGUCGACAACCUCGAACUCUACAAAUGUCCACUCCGAAAUACCUCCCGAAUUAGCGGCCAAGUGGCCGUUAGAUCAUGUAUUGUUAUGGCUAGCCGCGAACCACUUCUCCAAAGAAUGGCAAGAGACGUUCAAGAACCUCAACAUUCACGGAGCACAGUUCCUCGAGCUUGGUAGUCAGAAAGGCGGUCGUGGAAAUUUUGGGAUGAUGCAUCAGCUUGUCUAUCCACGAUUAGCGCAGGAGUGUGUCAAUAAUAAUACCACUUGGGAUCAACCCCGAGAAAGAGAAGAGGGGAAGCGGAUGCGCCGUCUCAUUCGAAGUAUAGUCACUGGGAAACCAAUCGACAGCGCGAAAACGUUGCCAUCCCACGCCAGUAAAGAGUCACUUGCCAGUGCUCAUGCACAGAGUGCUGGCACAGACGCAGAGUCUCCCAAUACUCCUAUCAAAUUCAGCUCUAGCAUCAGGGGGUUUUCCCAGUCUCGAUCUACGACGAUGCCAACUCUUAGUAGCACGAUGAGCUCAGACUCCAACCACCGCGCUAUGCUCAAAAAUCUUGAUAUUGAUAGCAGUCGUAAGCUAAGCCCAAGUUUGAGUGAACACGGGGAUGGAAACUACCGAGCUGCGCUGCGAAGUGACAGUCCUGGGUCGAGUCCGAAACUAUCAACCGCAUUUCUACCCCAACCCCAGCCUUCGUCGGGAAGCCUAUCUCCCUCGAGCAGAUUUCAUCACAAAUCCAGAAAUAGUACCGACUCUGUCUCUUCGAACGCAGCGAUAUACGGAUCAGGUGUACCACCGGAAGCCGGUCAGCUUCUCCGAAAUGGCAUGAGUGGGAUCGGGGAUAUGAUCCAUGCUAGUCGCGGCGAUCGACGGUACAAUGUUGAUGGAAAGCAUGCUGAAAAUGACAAUAGGCCUGGUUCUGCAGAACCGUCAUCUGCGAGGGAUAACAAGAGCUUCCUGAGCUUCUUAAAGAAAAAGAAUAGGCAGAAAGACGAUGGCUCAUUUCCCUCGCCCGAUGAUGCAAAUUCCCCUACAAGCCCUAAUAUGCUUAGGCCGCGAUUUGGAACUCCCCCGCCAGAAGCAGUUCAAGACUCGGCCCCGACAUUCAGACGUAAUAAAAAUGGGCCUAGAGUUUUUAUCCUCAUCACAUUGGACAGAUGGAACUAUCGACUUUGCGACGUCACCGAAUGUGAUACAGCCUCCGACUUACGCUCUCACAUCUCCAUGCAUCUAGGACUCUCUGAUCCGAGAGGGUUUGAGAUAUUUUUAACUGAGUUAGGACGCGAUACGCACGAGGAAGCGCUAGAAGAUCAAAGCUUGUGGAUUCAUAAGCGCAACAAGGGCGAUGCUCACGGUACUCUAAAAUUCUUCAUUAAGAUCGGCAAACCCAGCAAUGGCGGUCUCGCCCAUCCAGCGGCACUGUCGCCCGGUUAUCUAGCCCCUGGGUCUAACAUAAACGAGGAUGCUUACGCUCACCUUAAUGGUCGUACCAGGUCAAGCUCAUCACCUCCCACUUCGAGGACCAAUACGAUUUCAGCCGGUUCACCGCCAAAUGACGCCGAACUGGCUGCCAAGGCUAACGAGUAUCGAGCCGAAGUGGAAAAGCAACAGGCAGCUUAUCUUGCUAAACGAAGGCAAGCCCUUAAAGAAUCUUCUCCUCAUGAAAUAUCUCCCCAGACUGGAAUUGUCGGUAGGAAUGUGGACUUUGACCACCCGCGUCUCUCACCAUUUGAGGACAAGAAGCCGGAUAUCCUCUUCCCGCAGAGGAAAGCACCUGCGCCGCCAGUCGUUGAGACCGCUACCCUAAUUAAGGCGAACUCGCUGAGUAAGAAGACAGGCCACAACAUGCGGCCAUCUCAAGGUAGUCUAGAUGGAUUUCCUAGUCCCCGGCGGCCGUCCACCUCGACAGGUGCGGCGAACCAAGGUCCAUACCAGAAUCGACCCGGCGGACCCCCCUCCCCGCCGGCAGGAUCGGCCCUUGGCGCCUUGGUGAAUAUGGGAAGUGCCUGGGGCCGACUAGGUCGACCAUCAACCGCAGUACCCCAACAACGGUCGGUAUCACCCAGGAAUACAUCGGCACCUACGCCUGUACCUGCACCUGCACCCGCAGCGGAAAUAGUGGAACAGAAAGGUAAGGGAGCAAUGGCAAGCGUUGAUUUUGGCGUGACAGCCUCGGGGCGUAGUAGUUCUCGGUCAAGGUCUGGUUCGCCCGGUUCUCUAACAUGGGGCCGCGGUGACAUACCAUUCGUUGUCCCAGACUACUCUCCCGGAGGCACCCCGCUCCAUGGCAACCGGGGCAAACCACAGCUAGAUCCGAUUACUAAAAUGCGUGAAAUAGCACAACGAGCGCCCUCUCCCGGUGAUCUUAGCCCGAGCACGGCACGCCCCGCCCCAGGAGCCCCCGCCGGCCAAGGAAAUCCUACAGGUCCCCCCCGCCGAAAAUCCUACGGGCCCGAUGUGGACUUUACCGAGACAGAUGUGCAGUUUUCCAAGCCAGCAGCGCCUGCUAACCCAGCGAACGAAGAGUCAGGCGACGAUUCGGACGAUGGUUUAUUUGCUAUUCCGAUGAGGGGGAGACAGCCGUCCAAGAAGUCGAUACGUAAACAGCCGAGCCGCAACGAGACAAGUGUACUCGAUAGCGACUCGGAGUCUAGUGAUAGCAAGAGGCCGAACUUGAGGGUUAAGACUUCGAGGUCUAAGAAAGGUCUGUCGGUGACGUUUAAUAAUUCUCCAGGUUCAUCUCAUACACCUGAUCUAGAGGACGACGAUGGAAGUAUCAGGAGCGGACGAGACUCUCACCGCCGCACACCAGGAACCCCGGGUUCGGAUCAAUGGCAGUCUGACGAUAGCAAACUUAAUCGCCGAAAGUCUUUCGUCGAUCGUGGUGUAUGGGCCAACCGUCCACCUCCCGAGGCUUUGCUUAGCAACCUUGAUGCUUUCUUCCCGGAGCUCGAUCUAGAUCAACCUGUGUUAGAUGAGAACGAAUUACCCGUGUCGCCAAUAAACGAGCAGGAGGAGCUCCCAGUUGGAAAUGGUAAAGCACCUGCAUCCUCUAUGAAUAUCGAACCACUUACGCCCGCUACUGGAACUGGUACUACGAGAUCGUCGGUAUACAACGAGAGCGAUACACUCGGAUCGGACGAGUCUACUCUUAAGGCGCUAGAGCGUCCCCCUUCGAUUGCUUCUGUUGCGACACGGAACAUGCAGCGCUCCAGCGGUCUUGGCCGUAUGAAGUCCAUCCGAGAAGUAGCGCGUGGGGCUCAUGAAGCAAACAAGCGAUUUACUACAACCACAGCUAGCGGCGGAGCCGGGGCGUCAUCGAUGAUCCAGCGCCGGAAGAGUACGAAGAUGUUUGGUGCUAAUGUUGUUCAAAUUCGCCCCGAACGUGGGUCGAUGAUUGUACCACAAAUUCCACAGGAUGUUCUUCCGAAGAGGCAAACUACUUUCCGGUGGUUCAAGGGUGAGCUUAUCGGCAAGGGUACAUACGGACGUGUAUACUUGGGUAUGAAUGCCACGACGGGUGAAUUCUUGGCCGUCAAAGAAGUUGAAGUCAAUCCCAAAGCCGCAGCUGGAGAUAAAAAUAAGAUGAAGGAGCUUCUUAAGGCCUUGGAUCAGGAAAUUGACACGAUGCAGAAUCUAGAUCACGUCAAUAUCGUUCAAUAUCUCGGUUGCGAGAGGAAGGAGACAAGCAUCAGCAUCUUCCUGGAGUACAUUUCUGGUGGUAGUAUCGGGUCAUGCUUGCGCAAACAUGGAAAAUUUGAGGAGCCGGUGGUUAGCUCGCUGACUCGACAGACACUCUCGGGUCUAGCAUACCUACACCGCGAAGGUAUCCUACAUCGAGACUUGAAGGCCGACAAUAUUCUACUAGAUGUAGACGGAACGUGCAAGAUUUCGGAUUUUGGUAUCAGCAAGAAGACGGACAAUAUCUACGGCAACGACAAGACCAACUCGAUGCAAGGUUCGGUAUUUUGGAUGGCGCCGGAAGUAAUUCGGUCUCAGGGCGAAGGGUACAGUGCAAAGGUCGACAUCUGGAGUUUGGGGUGCGUCGUCUUAGAGAUGUUCGCGGGCAGGCGACCCUGGAGCAAGGAAGAAGCUGUUGGUGCAAUCUACAAAAUCGCGAACGGAGAGACGCCGCCAAUCACAGACGACGUGCGCGACACCAUUAGCCCCUAUGCUCUGGGGUUCAUGUUGGACUGCUUCACUGUUGACCCUAGAGACCGCCCCACGGCCGAGCGUUUGCUAAGAGCGCACGAAUUCUGCGAACUCGAUACCGAUUACAAUUUCUUCGACACAAACCUUUACGCCAAGAUUAGAGGCACAUUCCAGUAGAAUGCGCACUUAAAACGACGCAUAAAUGAGAUGAUAGAAAAGGCCUACAUAUACCCCAUGUCGCGAUUCGAGUCCCGGCUCGAAGCUGGAUUUUUGGUGUUGUACAGAGAGGUAGAGAAGGCAAGA